AUGGGUUAUUCAAGAAACUAUAUUCAUGCGAUUAUCUCAGAACAAGUCUCGGGUUUUAAGUGGAGAAUUACUGGUUUCUACGGGAAUCCAGAGACUCACAAAAGGCAGGAAUCUUGGGAUGAACUUGCAGCUUUGAAUAGGAAAUUUCAGCUCCCUUGGUUGUGUUACGGUGAUUUCAAUGAGAUUCUGUCUAGGGGGGAAAAGAUGGGGGGAGCUCCUCGGCCUCAAAGGCAAAUGGAUGGGUUUUGGGAGAUGGUUAAUGCAUGCGGUUUUAAAGACUUGGGGUAUAGCGGUCCGGAUUUCACGUGGUGUAACAUGCAAGAAGGGGAUAACCGCAUAUAUCUGAGGUUAGAUAGAGCUUUUGCCACUAAUGAUUGGAUUAACUACUUUAACGGAACAAGAGUCCUCCAUUUGGUUGAGUCGACCUCUGACCAUUGUGCGUUAUUGAUAAUUGAUUCCAUGGUUGUGCAGCCCUCUAGGAAGCGUAGGUUCCAUUUUGAGGAAAUGUGGACAAAAAAAGAGGAGUGUAGGGAAAUUAUCAAGAACGCUUGGGAGGGGUGUUUGCACUGGGGUACACCUAAAAGCAUAUCUUCAGGUAUUCAAAAUUGUGCAGCUGAUUUGGCAAGAUGGAAUAAGUCGAUGUUUGGGUACGUGCUGAAGCAAAUCCAAAGUAAAAGGAAAGCCCUCAAUGAUCUGACCAUCCAAGAUAGAGACGGAAUUAUGGGGAAGGAGAUAAAUAGUCUAAGAAAGGAGAUUAAUGAUCUUCUUGAUAGUGAGGAGACUUUUGGCACUAGAGGUCCAGAGUUCUUUGGUACGGCCAAGGAGAUCGCAACACAAAGUUUUUACAUUCAAAGGCCUCGCAAAGGAGGAAGAAAAACACUAUUAAUGGUAUUUGGGAUGAGAAUGGGUCUUGAUGAGAUGAAUCAGGGGUUGAUUGCGGCAUUUACAAAGGAAGAAGUGGUGAUCGCUCUGAAACAAAUGCACCCCACAAAAGCUCUUGGUCCAGAUGGAGGCAGCAAGGACUCAGAUGCUGAGUGGAAUCUCUAUUUGCAAGGGAUGUCCUAUGGUACUCACCUAUUUUUUGCGGAUGACAGUCUCUUGUUUUACAAAGCGUCUGAGCAAGAAUGUCAUAAACUCAUUGAGAUCCUUGAGCUUUACGAAGCUGCCUCGGGUCAGAAAGUUAACGCGGAGAAGUCCUCUGUUUUCUUCAGUCAUAAUACUCCCCAGGAAAGAAGGUGUGAAGUGUUGGACAUACUUGGGCCGAUGCAGGACACAAGGCAUGGCAAAUAUUUGGGGCUUCCAUCCAUCAUUGGAAGAUCCAAGACCGAAGUUUUCGCAGAAGUGAAGGAAAAAGUCGGAAGGAAAUUGGCGAGAUGGAAAGGGAAGUUGUUGUCCAUAGGAGGAAAGGAGAUUCUGAUAAAGGCCAUGGUACAAGCGAUCCCCACCUACACUAUGAGUUGCUUCCUAAUCUCAAAAGGGUUAUGUGAAGAGAUUGAAAGGAUGAUAAGAAAUUUCUGGUGGGGGCAAAGGAAAGAAGAGAAAAAAAUUGCUUGGGUGAGCUGGGAGAAAAUAUGUAAAGCAAAGUCAGAUGGUGGUUUGGGCUUCCGUAACUUCCAAGCCUUCAAUCUAGCAAUGCUUGCUAAGCAGGGCUAG